AAUUACAAAAUACUAGAAGAGACGAGAUCUCGGCUGCAUCAUGAGCGGUGACACAAUAUACGAAGCACCUAGAAGAUUCAAUGUCUCCAAAAUGAGAGUCCACGACUAUUUAUACGAUUCAACGUACAUCGUGUCCGGAGCGAGGGAUUACGCUCGAACAGCGUUCAAAGCGGCCAUGGCUUCCGCGCAAGUGGUUAUCCAACCGGUCUACAAGACAAUGUUCUCAGAACUGCGCCAAUUCCCUAGAAUGCAAGUCGUCUACCACCCCAACUGUCGUUUACCCGCGCAUAUAGAUCGCUCGUACAGAGCUUACUUGGAACGAACAAGAGGUGAAAGGGCCGGACCGCCCCAGCUUGGAGGAAAAGAUCGCUUCAAAUUCUCAGCCGUGCCGAAAAAGCUUCUGAAUCUCAAAAGCGCCACCCCUGACUUCCACCCCACAACGCCUCGUCAGCGGCAGACCAGUUCAAAGCCAAGGAACAGGGGCACGCAGAGUUUGUAUCGCGAAUCAUCAGCUCAGACGAUACCCUGGGGUCCUGACGCCCGGCCGGCGGAUAAUGUCGCGGAGACUCCAGAGGUUAUGUACCUUGAUGCUUUAGAGUGGGGCCCUGGAUGUCCGUACCGGCUUGGCGACCUACCAGCUGAUUUCCAUACAACGGAAAUAAUUAAUAAAAUGCGGCACGCGAGAAAAUGGACUGAGAUCGUCGAGAAGGGCCAGUUCCCGAACUUCAUGAAGAAACAGAACGCCAUCAUCACGGACAUUGAAACUAAGGAUUGGAUAUUUAGAGAAGCAGAGAUAGAUGAACUCCAAGACAUCCGACUGGCGCUCCUCAACAAGCUGAAGGCUGAGCAGCAGCAGAAGAGGAACAGCCGCAUCAGCAGCAAACUGGCGAAACUGUGGGCGGAUAAGAAGGACGCGAUGGAACAAAAGAUAGACAAAAUACGACGGACGAGGGACAGAGAACUCAGGAAGUUAAGUUCCCGGGGGCGAGGUCGCAGAGCGGUGGAUUCUGAGCACGCGCCACUAGCGAGACUGGGGUACCGUGCUAGCCGCAGACACGCUGAGAUCGUCUAUGACCCGUCCUUACUCGUUCACGAAGACCAUAGAAAAUUAGCGGAACCGCCGGCAUGGCUGGAGCAGUGCGGGCAGAACCUCACUAAGACCUGCUCGGGACAUCACCUGCCGCGUGACGUCACUCAACUCUGCGAGCGGGAGACCAAGUGGAGCGAGCAGUUCCUGGCGAACUUACACUCUGACCUUAAGAAAGCGAGACUCGGCGCUGCAAAAGUAACAGCUGGUCCACUGCGGGUGCUCCGCCCCCGUCAGCUGCCGACCAUCGCCCGACCUCCCACACCGGAAGUGGAAGGAGUUGAAGACAAUGAUGAAUCAGUACACCAGGCGGCGCUAGUUCUGCAAAGAGUGAUAAGAGGCAGAGCUGUCCAAGUAUUGAUGUUCGAAGGACGCACCAGGGCUGGAGAACUCACCGAAGAGUUGAAGACAACGCACGGUCUCCAACGAGAAGACAGAGAGAGGAUCGCUAGGGAGGAGUCCAAGGCGAGGGACUACCAGGCGCUGCGCUCUGAGACCGAGCAAAAGGAACAGGCGAUCUCAUCACUGGUCCAAGAGCUGUGUGGGGGCGCGGUGUCAGCGGCGCUGGACUUCCUGGAGAAAGAGCUGCGGAGGUUGAGGGAGGAGAGGCGACAGCACGCCUUCAUCCUCAUCGCGCUGCGCGAGAAGACGAUGCGAGAGGCAGCAGAAGCCGGCAGAAGACAGAAAGAAGAACAUCGCAGAAGAGAACAUGACGAGAUCUUUAAGAGGGUGUUGGGAGUAACUCAGGAAACUGUAGACGCGUACCUUCAAGAUGUGUUGCUAGAGGGCGUUGCUCUCGCUGCGGAGGAGGAUGCUGUGAGGAAUGUCCUCUCGUCCGCUGAUAGGAUGGACAAAGAACUGGCUGCAUCCGGUUCGAUAUCGACGGCGGAACAAAACGAGCUCGUCGCUGAGCUCGUACAGCAGUUCCUGCUACCUGAAGCUCACAAGACAGCAUCCAGGCACAAGAUAACCACGAUACAGAAGGGAAGGCUAGAAGCGGCAAGAGCGAGCAUUAUGGGCGUGUUGAUAGACGCUGAAGAUGUUGAGGCGACCUGUCCUCGCUGCGGGAGACCUUUGGACGAUCAGUACAAGUGCAGCGUCUGCAAACCAACUGCGACCACAGCCAGGGACGAUCCCAGGUGGAAGCACACAAAGCGUCGGGAAGUCAAAGAGAAAAUGUUGUCAGAACGAUAUCCAGCUAGUCACGAGAUACGAUGCAUGUUGAACGCUCUAGUUUAUGAUGCGGUCGAAACGUCGCGUUCCGAACGCCGGGAGAGGGAAUCCAUAACGAGAUUUAUAGCACGGCGUCUGAGAGAAGACACAGAGAUAAACAUAGACGCCAUAGAGAUGGUCAAUGAAGCGAUCGCCAGGAGCACCGGCGAGGUGGUCGUCACCAAGCGACCUGAUUAUCAUCAUUACAUGACGAGGAUCUGUGAGGAUGCUCUAGCUAGGACCCUUCCGUACGCCACGCCGCCAUGCCCUAAGGAACUGCCGUCCGAGAUAAGGAGGAGAGCGGAGGAGGCCGCGGCCUUGGAGGACCCGACCUGCCGCUGUGACGAAGACAAGAGUAAAGUGAAAUUCGGGAUCAGUGUAAUGGACGCGAAGGAAAAGUCAGAACUCCUGCCAUCGGAGCUGCGACUGCUGGAGGAGCUGCGGCGGUGCAAGUGUGAUACGAACCCGUCACCCAGCCCCAUCACCGUUUCGUCAUCGUCAGACGGUUCCAGCAGUUCCGACUUCACCGACGCCGUCACGGAAGAGGAGGGAAAUGAAAAUCAAUAACUAUUUCAAUAAAUCCGUUUAUUUGUUAC